AUGGCUAAGGCCAUACCUAUUGUCAUGCCUAACACAACCCACCGCCUUUGCACUUGGAAUUUGAUGCAAAAUGCAUUAAGGCAUGCAAAUUCUAUCUUCAAGGAUAAGGCGGUGAAGGAUAAGGGGAUGAAGAGUGUUUUAUCCACGUUUAUGUACGACAUUGAAGAUGAGGAACAAUUUACGUUAAAAUGGGAGGAAAUGCUUGACAAGUAUGAAUUUGAUCAUAACUUAAUGCAAUUUUUCAUGCAUUUUGAUCGAGUUCUUUCUGAGAAGAGGUACAAAGAGGAUGAGUAUGUCAAGUCCCUUGAAGUAAACAUUGAAGAAAUUGAAAAUGAUGGUGACAAUAUUGUUUAUAUGGUUCUUGAUAGUGAUGGUAUAAAGGUGAGGAAGGUGAAGCAGGAGUGUGAUGAUUCAAUCACUUGCAAUUAUAGGAAGUUUGAAAUGAAGGGCAUUUUGUGUAGUCAUUGUUUGAAGAUCCUUAGAGAAAGACUCAAAUUCAAAGAGAUUCCUUCACAAUGUAUUCUGAAGAGAUGGACUAAAAAAGUAAGAUCUGAAAAUGUGAAAGAUAGGUGUGGGUAUAAUAUUCAGGUUGAUGUAAGAUUGCAUCAAACUUCACGCUAUAGGUCAUUGAUGGCAAUAUUCAGAGCAGUAGCGUGUAGAGCUUCUGAAAGCGAAGAAACAUAUAAUUUGACGGUAGAGAAAUUGGAUGAAUUAAUUGUAAACACUGCAACCAUGUUAAGCGCAAAAUUCAAUAUGCCUUGUUCAGAUACUAUUCAACAAGAAAGCGCCCCUGACACAUGCCUCGAAAGCUUUGAAGUGGAUAGUGUAGCGGAUAAAAAUGUAGUUCAAGCAAAAGGACUCAAGAGAAGGGAGUGCAUUAGCAAGGGAUGA